AUGGCGAUGGAGUCCCAGCCAUCAAGGUCCUUCUAUAAUGGCACCGGCUCAUCACAACAACAUGAGCAAAACACACAAGUGUACCAGGAAAAUGGACGAUGGUAUGGCACCAACAAAAAGGGUGCUUACAUGUUCCCCGUUGAUGCGAAGGAUGAGCAAGACCGCCUAGACAUAUUUCACAAGUUUUGCUUGGUUGCUCGCAAGGAACUCCUGCACAAAGCCCCGGUCGCGGUAGAAGAACCAUCAAUUCUUGAUCUCGGCUGUGGCACGGGCAUCUGGACCAUCGAGAUGGCCGACAAAUACCCGCGUGGCAGACACGUUGGCAUGGAUCUGAACUUGAUCCAACCCGAAUUCAUUCCCUCCAAUCUCACCUUCUUACAAAGGGAUAUUGAAUCAGAGUGGCCCCAAGAGCUGAAAGCAGGUACUUGGGAUCUUAUCCAUAUGCGCACGCUCAAUGGCAGCAUUGCAAGCUGGCCGCGGUUGUACGCCGAAGCCUACAGGCAUCUCAAACCAUAUUAUGGGCACAUCGAGCAAGUUGAAAUCGACUUCACGCCACGUAGUGAUGAUCCCGGACUUGUCAAUGGCUCCUUGAUUUCGCAGUGGACAGGAGAGCUCCUGACUGUCAUGGACAACUUUGGCCGAUCCAUGCGUCUCGACAGCAACGUGACCACGCAGCGGCUGGCCGAGGUAGGGUUCGUUGACAUCAAAGAGGAGGUCAUCCGGAUUCCUUUCAACCCAUGGCCGACAGACACAUAUUCUCGGGACAUUGGCCGUUGGUUUAACUUGGUUAUGAAGCAGGGAUUCCAACCUCUGUGUCUGGCGCCCUUUGCGAGAGGACUCAACAAGUCGUUUUCCGAGAUUAACGACUUUGUUGAAGAGGUCAAGGCGGAGGUGAGUAAGAAGGAGAAGCGUGUGUUUUGCACAAUGCACAUCUUCACAGCGAGAAGACCACAGGGGGACAACCCAGCUUCCUCUUCCCAGACCUCCAGGUCGCGAGCCCGCCAGCACUAA